AUGCAGGGAUACGCGCCGGGGAGCUGGUCACAAGUCGCCGUCGAGCGCACCAAGCCCAGCGGCCGUGUCGUCGGCAUCGACAUCUUGCCUGCACAGCCGCCCAAGGGCGUGGCCACCAUCCAGGGCAAUUUUCUCUCCCCUGGCGUGCAGGCGCUCGUGAAGCACUUCCUCGCGGAGCAGGCGCGCCGCCCGAGCAAGACGGUCACGGCACCAACAGCAACUUCUCACGCGCAAGCAGAGCCAAGUGUAAUAACAGUACCUGAAGGCGAGGAGGCCGAGGGUAAUGUCGUUGUUGAUCGACCGAGCUACAUCGACCUCGAACGGGAGGCCAGCCACGAAGCUGAGGCUCCUGGCAGUGAGGAGGAUAGCAGACGAUUGGUGGAUAUAGUCAUCAGCGACAUGUCAGAACCCUGGCCCCAGACGGCCGGCUUCUCUAGUAACACGUUAAGUAACCCUUAUAUCAGGAUGAUGAACACGAGCGGGAUCGCUUUCAAGGACCACGCCGGCAGCAUGGACCUGUGCGAGGCCGCACUCCAGUUUGCGAGCGAUACCCUGCGGUCCGGCGGUCACUUCCUGUGCAAGUUUUAUCAAGGCGCCGAGGACAAGCUGCUGGAGAAUAAGCUCAAGAAAAUGUUCGCGAAGGUACAUCGGGAGAAACCCGAGUCCUCUCGAAGCGAGUCGAAGGAGGCGUAUUUCGUCGCUCUAAGGCGAAAAGGCAACGUUGUCCUUGAAGAUAUACAGGAACCGUGA